AUGGAAGGCUAUGGAGUACAUCACUGCAGUAUGUUCGAACUAUGGAAUUUUCCAAAUUGUAUUGGGGCUCUCGACGGCAAACAUAUUAAUAUUCAAUGUCCUAUAAAUGGUGGAUCGGCAUAUUUUAAUUACAAAGGGGCUAAUUCGAUCGUCUUACUUGCUUUGGUAGAUGCUCACUAUAAAUUUAUAACUGUUGAUGUGGGUUCUUAUGGUCGGAACUUUGAUGGGCAUGUAUUUGCUGAAUCCGCAUUAGGAAAAGCAUUAGCAAACGGUAGAUUAGAUGUUCCACCUGAUACACCAAUAGAAGAAAAUGGAGACCCAAUGCCAUACGUAAUGGUUGCAGAUGAGGCGUUUCCCUUGAAGUCGUAUCUUAUGAGACCAUAUAGCAGGGCAACUUUGGGUGGAAAUGAAGGAAACAAAAUUUUUAACUACAGACUUUCUCGUGUAAGACGUGUAGUGGAAAACGCGUUUGGAAUACUUUCAAAUCAUUGGAGAGUGUUUAGAACAUAUAUUCAAAUACAACCUAAAUCCGUAGACAACAUAGUACUUGCUGCAUGUUGUCUUCAUAAUAUGUUAUGCCAAAGCCAUGUUAUUCAAGUGGAUGAAAUAAAUAAUUAUGACAGUACCGAAGUUUUUGAAAAUAUGGCACAGUUAAGAUGGAAUAGCACCCAGAGAUCAUUUGAAAUACGUGACAAGUUUAAAGAUUUUUUUUCAUCAUCUGUGGGGGCAGUACCGAAGUGCACAGUACGAAAUGAUUCAGAGAGGAAGAAUUAA